AUGGCUCAAACGGCCCUUAAAAUCUCUAUGAGGAAGAGAUUUGAUGAGAUGCUGUUUAAAGACCUAGCAGAACUGGCAGAUAAAGCAUCUGAAUACGAGGAGCUGCUUACGGAAGAACAACAGAAAAGGAACUCCUCCAAAGGCACAUAUUACAAAACCCCAUCUUCUUCAGUGCAUCUGGUUGAAGUGGAGUUAAAAGAAGGCACAUAA